AUGCAGAAAUUUAUUGAAGCAGAUUAUUAUGAACUGGACUGGUAUUACGAAGAAUGCACAGAUGUUUUAUGUGCUGAAAGAGUGGGCCAGAUGACUAAAACAUACAAUGACAUAGAUGCUGUUACACGUCUUCUUGAAGAGAAAGAACGGGACUUAGAGUUAGCUGCUCGGAUUGGCCAGUCGCUGUUAAAGAAGAAUAAAUCACUGACAGAAAGAAAUGAGUUCCUGGAGGAGCAAGUAGAACACAUCAGGGAAGAGGUUUCUCAGUUGCGGCAUGAGCUCUCCAUGAAGGAUGAACUGCUCCAGUUCUAUACCAGUGCUGCUGAAGAAAGUGAGCCAGAGUCCAUCUGUUCCACCCCGCUGAAGAGGAAUGAAUCUUCCUCCUCUGUCCAGAACUACUUUCAUUUGGAUUCUCUUCAAAAGAAACUCAAGGACCUUGAAGAGGAGAAUGUUGUGCUUAGAUCUGAGGCCUGUCAGCUGAAGACUGAAACAAUUACUUACGAAGAGAAAGAACAACAGCUUGUCAAUGACUGUGUAAAAGAGCUAAGGGAUGCAAACAUCCAGAUUGCCAAUAUCUCCGAAGAGUUAGCAAAGAAAACCGAAGAUGCUGCCCGGCAGCAAGAAGAAAUCACCCAUCUUCUCUCUCAGAUAGUCGAUCUGCAGAAAAAGGCAAAAGCUUGUGCAGUUGAAAAUGAGGAACUUGUCCAGCACUUGGGAGCAGCUAAAGAUGCCCAGAGACAGCUCACAGCAGAGUUGAGAGAGCUGGAAGACAAGUAUGCAGAGUGCAUGGAAAUGCUUCAUGAGGCUCAGGAAGAGCUGAAAAACCUUAGAAACAAGACUAUGCCAAAUGCCAUAUCACGUCGGUACCACUCUCUCGGUCUCUUCCCCAUGGAUUCUUUGGCAGCAGAGAUAGAAGGGUCAAUGAGGAAAGAACUGCAUUUAGAUGAACCCGACUCUCCUGACUUGGCUCAUCAGAAGCGGGUCUUCGAGACAGUGAGAAAUGUUAACCAAGUUGUCAAGCAGAGGUCCAUGACUCCAUCACCAAUGAAUAUCCCAGGCUCUAACCAGUCCUCUGCUAUGAACUCAGUCAUUUCUAGCUGUGUCAGCACUCCACGUUCCAGUUUCUAUGGGGGAGACAUCUCUAACAUUAUGAUAGAUAACAAGACCAAUAGCAUCAUCUUAGAGACAGAAUCCUCUGACAAUGGAAAUGAAGACAGGAUGAAGAAGCCUGGAACUCCAGGGACCCCAGGCUCCAGUGACCUGGAGACUGCCCUUCGUAGACUGUCCCUCAGGCGGGAGAAUUACCUCUCAGAGCGCAAGUUUUUUGAAGAAGAGCAGGAAAGAAAGCUGCGGGAACUGGCAGAAAAGGGUGAACUCCAUAGUGGUUCCGUUACCCCCACAGAGAGCAUCAUGUCGCUGGGAACUCACUCCAGAUUUUCAGAAUUCACUGGAUAUUCAGGAAUGUCUAUCAGCAGUCGCUCCUACCUGCCAGAAAAGCUUCAGAUUGUGAAACCACUAGAAGGUGAUAACAAAGGGCCUCGGCCUUUAUCUGUUCUUCUUAGUGACUCUCUGUGGUCUCUUAUCCAUCACCAGAAAGCAGGAAAUCUUUGCAAUACAUACUCUUUUUACUUUAGAGACAGUAAUCCACGCUGUUGGUUUGAAAUCUUCUAACUACUACAUUUUUCCACAAGCCUUAAAAUGUUAGGAAACAAUUCCAGCCCAGGCAGUAAAAUAAAUGUUACCGACCACACAUGCAGCAGCAGUGCAGCUUUACGUCUGACCUAAAUCUCAGUGUUGCCAUUUCACACUUAGAAAAGGAAGGUGACUGGGUAUCUGAAAUCUAAGCAGCAGGAGAAUUAGUUCAUCAAAUCUCAGUUCUGCAAAUAAGUGUCUGGAAAGACCUUUACCUACUUCAAAUAGUCCAGUUGGCCUAAUAAGAAUAUGUUUUUAUUAAAAAUGACCUCUGGACUUUAAUCGGCUGUUUGAGUGACCACACAUGUGUCU